ACCGACGAAGCUGGGCGCGUGCAAUAUCGCGCCAGCGCCGCGUAAACGAGCUCGGGGGACGCUGGGCGCAAAGUGAGCGUCAAAUACUCUCCACCCUGGACACCUAUGCACGCGAGCGCAGACGGUUCAGGAGGAGUUUAGAGUCCGGCUUGUCUGACGGCCCGCGCGCGCGCCCCUCUGUGACCACAGCGCGCCGCUCUCAUUGCUACUAAAAGCUUUGUCCGGCACGCCUUCCGUGACAGCAUGGGCAGCGAGUACGUGCCGAGCGCCUUGUACUCGGCCCUACGAGACAAGCCCUUCCCGACGCUGUACGGCGAGAACAGGACCUCGGUGACGGCGGACGUUCUCGAGGCCGGCCUCAUCCUCUCCUUCUGCAUACUCACGCUCGCCGUCCUCCUCGUCAUACCCGGCGUCCGAGUUGGACAGAAAACGAAUGUGCUGAUACGAGCCCUUGUGAGUCUUUUCAUCGGGACUUUCAUUCUGUUGUGCAACUUCGGCCAGGAAUGGGAGUACUCACGGAUCCAUGCGACCACACCGUACAAGGCAUUCAGCCAUGAAGAGUUGAACGCGGAAAUAGAAGUCAAGAUUGGCCUUCGAAGCGUCAACAUAACGUUGAAGAACGAGACCAUCUAUUCUGGUACUGAGGGAGAUCAAGUGAACUACAAUGAGCGUUUCUCGUGGGAGUGGCAACAAGGCAGGCAGGGAUUCGGUCCCCAAGCUGGCCACUUCAACCAGGCUUUUCGGGAGGCUCAGGUCCGCGGUACGCCUCUGCCUAUUCUCUGGAUCGCCGAGUACUUCACGUUCGAUGGCGAAGGCAUUCGUUUUGGCAGAAACUAUCGCAUCGCCGGCUGGUACACUCACAUCCUCCUCUGGACUGCGUUUCCGCUCUGGGUCAUCAGCAACCUGGUGUUCUUCAGCGUCCUCUGGUACGGCGCAUGCGUGCUCAUGCUGACCGGCGCGUGCCUCAUUGCCGGCACCGUGGUGUACGCCAGCGUGAGGAACUUCAUCCAGCUCGAGAUUCCCUUCUACGACCACGACCACCUGGUCGUCAUCCGCAUGCAUUACGGCUGGUGCUUCUGGAUGAACCUCGUCAACGGUCUGGUGUGCCUGGUCGCUGGUCUAGUGGUGCUCUUCAUGGACCUCCGAUACCCAGAUAAAAUUGCGGCCUUCUUCGACAUCGACAUCCUACAGGACUAUGAGGAGAUCUACGACGAGCCGGUGGAGUUGGCAAAGGUCACGACGGACGAGAAAAAGACUGCGGCCAGUGACACCGCCUUACUUUUGCCUACCAAUUCCGUGCCUGGCUAUGGAACAGAUGGGCCCGAAUACGAGGCUCCGGCCCUGCGUAAACGCAGCGCCUACAACCGCUAUCAGCGAGUUUCCGUCCGCAAGCCGGCUCCCGCACCGCGGAGGCUUCCCGCUGUGCCGCCGGCCCUGCAGGAGGAAGAGGACGACGACAAUCCAAUCUACGAGAACACGCUGCAGUCACCGGAAAGGUACGACUCCAGCUCCAAGGAGAACAUCCUAAUGGACACACUCAAGCGUUAGGCCCACGUGUAUCAACGGGCUACGUUCCAGUGACAAGGAUGGCCAAUGACCGGCGUGGUGCAGCCCGCCGUUUGUACGCGGCAUUGAGAGCUCAUUUCUGUCCAAGGCAUCACAAGGCUGGAAGCAAGGCGCUUUGGCCGUUUCGUGUUUCUUGGCAUUUUCAUUCGCAAUGAAAAUUCGUUAAUAAACUGCACAAUCUAAACCGCAA